UCAGUCGUCAAUCUGAACUCUUAAGUCGUCAAGUCGUCACCGUCAGCUGCAGGGUGUGAAUCAGCUUUCCUAUUUCUUUCUUAUCUGGUUAUUUGCAAAUUGCAAUAUAUAACAUUAGCGAAUAAUGUUUGAAGUGGUUAUUAAGUGAAUAGUUUCUUCAUGAACAUUCCAAACUUGUAUAAAUACUGAAUGAAAGGAAACACUCACGAUGUUUUCGCCAAAGUUUAUUUUUGUAAUAUUUACUCUUUUAAUAAGUGAAUGCGUGCCACGCUCUAUUGAAGAAGAUGAUGAGUCUUUUCUUACUCCGCCGAAGUACACAAAAUACGAUGAUCUGGUGACUUUAUUCAAUAAACUGGAGGCCUCGUACCCGGAACUCGCUAAAGUAUACUCGAUCGGAAAGUCUGUAGAAGGACGCCGACUACUUGUGAUACAAAUAAGUGAAGGUGUUAAACAAAUUCACCCAGAACGACCAGCAUUUAAAUAUGUUGCCAAUAUGCACGGUGAUGAAUCAGUUGGCCGGGAGUUGGUUAUUUAUUUGGCCCAAUAUUUACUCUUAAAUUAUGGUAAAGACGAUAGAAUUACAAAGUUGGUGAAUAACACUGAUAUUCAUUUGAUGCCAUCUCUGAAUCCCGAUGGAUUUGAAGCUAGUAAGGAGGGUGCCUGCGAAUCCCUUAAAGAUUAUGUGGGAAGAAGCAACGCGAGAGGCGUAGAUCUCAAUCGAGAUUUCCCAGAUCAGUUCGAUAAGAAGAAGUCUAAUGAUGACGAGUAUUUAUUCGGUGGUCGGCAACCAGAGACAGCCGCGUUAAUGAGAUGGGUUCUGUCGAAGCAGUUCACGCUCUCUGGGAAUUUACACGGCGGAGCUGUUGUCGCCAGUUAUCCAUACGAUGACUCCAGCACUGGCAAGGAAUGUUGCGUCGAGAGUCAGACACCAGACGAUAAGUUGUUCAAGCAUCUCGCUGGCGUCUACGCGUCUCGACACGAGCAGAUGAAACGUGGAGAUGCUUGUGAACCCGAAAAGUUUAAGGACGGCCUCACUAAUGGCGCUUUUUGGUACUCCGUGCAAGGUGGUAUGCAAGAUUUUAACUAUCUCCAUUCCAACUGCUUCGAAGUUACCUUCGAGCUAUCCUGCUGCAAGUACCCUAAAGCUGAACAAAUGCCUAAAUUCUGGAACGGUAACCGUGAACCUCUGCUGGCAUUUAUCGAGCAAACCAACAUUGGAGUACGUGGUUUCGUCGUUGAUGAAGCAGGAGAAGCUGUGAAGAAUGCUGAAAUAUUAGUUGAUGGGAUCAACCAUCCAGUUAGAACUACGGAUCAUGGUGCAUACUGGCGACUACUGCUUCCCGGCCAAUACAACAUCACAGCUUCCGCACCUGGAUAUGCGAGCCCCGAUGCAGUGACGGUAACAGUGACCGCGACCGAACCCACCACCGCCAACCUGACCGUCCACCGUCGGCCGCGCUCGCUCGCCGCCGGUACGGGUCCAAAUCGGGGCAUGUCAGGAGUGCGUAACAGGUUCGCACGUCAUCCCAUCGACGGUCUUUCCGCAGUGGACUUCUCCCAUCACAAUUACGUGAAGAUGGAAAAGUUCCUCCAGAACUUGGCAUCGUCAUACCCUGACAUCACGAAGCUGACCAGCAUCGGAAAGUCUGUACAGAACAGGGAACUAUAUGUGCUGGAAAUUACUAGAGAACCUGGAAGACAUAUACCUGGCAAGCCAGAAUUCAAGUACGUAGCCAACAUGCAUGGUAAUGAGGUCGUGGGUCGAGAGAUGCUGCUGCUGCUAGCCAAGUAUCUCUGCCAGCAAUACACGAGCGGUGACCUUCGAGUGCAGACGAUCCUCAACAACACCAGGAUUCAUCUGAUGCCGAGUAUGAACCCAGAUGGAUAUGAGCAUGCGAGAGUCAAGGACUACAGCAGUAUUCGUGGCAGGGCGAAUGCAAAUAAUAUCGAUCUAAACAGAAACUUCCCGGAUCAAUAUGGACCAACUAAGGAUAACAGAAACCCUGAACCAGAAACAUUAGCAGUAAUGAACUGGACAUUGUCCAUCCCAUUCGUUCUAUCCGCAAACUUACACGGAGGAUCUCUGGUUGCGAACUACCCGUACGACGGCAACCAGGAUAUGACUAACGGCGAAGAAAACUUAACCCCGGAUAACCCUGUCUUCGUACAUAUAGCACAAGUUUAUUCAAAUGCUCAUCACAAAAUGCAUCUCGGCCAGCCCUGCAAGGACACAAGCGAUGAAAAUUUCCCAGAAGGAAUCACGAACGGCGCUAAAUGGUACGUAUUAGCUGGUGGUAUGCAAGAUUGGAACUACUUGCACACCAACGACAUGGAGAUAACGCUGGAGCUGGGCUGCUACAAGUUCCCCCCGUCUGAAGACUUACCGACAUACUGGGACGACAACAGAGAAGCCUUGCUGGAGUUCAUUGAAGAGGUCCACAAAGGCGUGCACGGCUUCGUCCACAGCCACAUCGGCCACGGUCUCGCUAAUGCCACCAUAUACGUUUCCGGCAUCCGUCACACCGUCCGAACCGCAAAAGAUGGCGACUACUGGAGACUGCUUGUGCCUGGCAGCUAUAACAUCACUGCCAGCAAGGAAGGUUACGAGAGUGUAACGGAGCAAGUAACGGUCCCUGUGAACGGCUCGGUCAGCCUCAACUUCACCUUGAUGCCAGACGACCCUCAGCACUGGUCCUCAGCUUAUGACUUCCGUGUAUUGGACAAUAUAAUGAACAAGAAAUACCACACACCGCUCGAGAUGUACGCGGAGCUGGCGGAGUUAGAGAACAGGUUCCCAGACGUAGCGGAGUUCCGCGCCGGAGACAGCAUGAAGACAGCAACUCUACACGAGCUGAAGAUAACCGACGAUGCGGGAUCGCCAGAAGAAACCAAAUUCCACAUCGCACUCAUAAGCAACCUAUACGGCUCACAGCCUCUAGGACAAGAGAUGUUGUUAAACUUUGCGCGGCAUAUUUGCACAGCGUACCAAAUAGGCGAACCCGUCCAUAAAAAGCUAUUGAAAAACGCGGUAUUACAUUUCAUACCAAAUCUGGACCCAUUGUUCGGCAAAGUACUGAAUCUCUACGACCAUACAGAGAAAUGUGACUUUGAUGUCAUAGAAGAGGAAUUCGGUAGUAGUCUCUACGGUUACUUGACGAAGAAGAAUUUAAAUUCCCUGUCCAACUACACGAGGGAGAAGGCGUUUGUCGGGUUAUUAGAGUCGGAACGAUAUGAUUUGAUCCUCGAUUUAGGCUCCGGUAGCGAAGAUGUAACUAUUCCCAAUUUCUCCAAGGACAUCUAUGAGAAAUUCGCUCACAAUUACCAGGAUAACAGGACACCGAGUAACAAAUACCCGUGUAAGGAAACUUCGAAUGUUCAGCAUGAAAACCUUCUGGAUUUAAUAUACGAAAGGUUCAACGUACCGAUAGUGUCGGUCGGGCUGAGCUGCUGCAAGAUGCCGCUGGAGGAUGACAUAGCGUGGGCGUGGAGGAAUAACUUGAGAGGGAUAAUGAAGUUCAUUGAACAAGCUAAUACUGGAGUGGUGGGCUUCGUGCGCAACGAGCAGGGCGCGGCCAUGCGCAGCGCCGUGCUGGCCGUGGCGGGCAGCGCGCGCCAGUACCGCGUGUCGCGCAACCUCGCGCACUACCGCGCGCUGCUGCCGCCCGGCGACUACCGCGUCAUCGUGCGCUGCCACGGCUACCGCGACCAGAUGUUGACAUGGCGUGUUGUGGAAGGAGUCGUGAAACAGAAGGACGUCGUGCUCCGAAGGAUCAACGCUGAGGAAAUCCCCGGGGGGCAGUUCGAAGACAUACCCAUUCCAAAAGAUCCCGACACUGUAUACAUUACUGGUUUAUCUUUAGACCGUGACAGCGCCCCCCUCCCCAAUACAGAAUUGACUGUCUUCCCAUUGGAUUCCAAACGACCAAUAUCUUCCAACACCAGCGACCAAUAUGGGCGCUACGUGAUCACACUACCUGUCACGUAUAUGGGACAUGAAAUACUGUUGUCGGCUGUUAAUGAUGGAUUUAUUACAAAGAGCAGGCAUGUCAAGAUAAAUAGCAACGAUAACGUGACUCCGAACGUGCUGCUCAAGUUGGAGAAAGACGACAAUAUACUCGGGAUGUCCCGUUUCGUUUUCGUCAUGGUAGCAGGCGUGGUGGGCGUGGCGGUGGUGGUGGCGGGCGCGUGGUGCUUCGCGCAGCGGCAGCGGGCGCAGCUCGCCCGGCGCGACUACCACUUCGUGCAGCUGCCGUCCGACGACAAGCGACCGCUGUGCGAGGACGACGCCUACGAUAUUGUCAGGAAGCCGUACUACGAUGAAGAAGACUUACCGCCAUCUGAGACAGACUCCGAGGAAGACAUCGUGCUACUCAGAUCAGAGAGGGAAUGGAGACCAGCAAACGAUGAGUAGAGAAACGAUCUAGAAUCGCAUGUCGUAACUGUUCUGCCGACCGUCUUUCAAUGCGCUUUAUCGACCUUGGAACAAUGAACUAAAUGUUUCUUAACUUAAUUGUCAAUUAAUUGUUAUUAUAUUACAGUGUCAAGUGAGUGCACGCACACUUUAAGCUGUUGAUAUACGUAAAGCUGCGGCAAGAAAUGGAGAAUAUGGUGCGCACACACUUGAUAAUUAUUCUAUGUUCCACGUUGUUAGGAAUGCCUGCCGUAGACGAAUUCGGUCAGGGUAACAAUGUGAGAUCUUCGUCAAACCGAAUACACGUAACUUUUCUACAGUCGAACACAUUAUACAUGGUGUUUGUAGUUGCUAGUACAGUCACAAUCAAAAUUGCUUUUAAUUUGAAACAAUUCGGAUUGUGAUCGUAUGAAAAUCAGUAAUUAUGAUAUUAAUUAAUGAUAUAUUAUGAGAUCUUAAGCCUAUAUAAGAUCAUUUAAUGUGUUAUUUUAAUUAAUGUAACCGUCAUAUAAUGUAUUCACCGUAUCAACUUCUCUAUUUGCGGUUCGAUUUACAAAGCAAUAUGUUGCGCUAAAAUGUAAUUUUCAGCUAUAAUUAACUGUCUUUUAUGUGUAUUGAUAUAAAUAUAUAUUAUUAGGAGACCAUUUUUGUGGUUGAUUAUUACAUAUUAUUACUAGGUGGAGAAUUACAAUUUUCUAUAGUUAUGUCUCUCACAGAGACGGCAUGCAGUUAUGGUGCUAUUUUCUUUUAUUUAUUUUUUUCUAUUUAUUCAAAAUACUGAUAUUAGCCGCAUUAAUCAAAUAAAGGUAGGCCAUGAAUAUGUAACUCGCGGUUAGUAAUAUUGGUAAUUAUUUUAUUGAUACAAUAAUAACAAUUUCUAGAACACUGAAUUGAUUAAAAACCGUUUUUCUCUUUGCAGUACAUUUAUUGUCUCAAAUAUUUAAUUUUUUAUUUGAUGAAUCAUUUUUUUUUUAUGUAAUAAUAUUAAGUGGGCCUUAGACAUUUGCGUACAUUAAAUACGGCUUUAGCGUCAGUUUGUAAAACAUAUCCUUCCAAACUCGCAGUGGUUUAUAGAUUCAUUUUAGUUUAGUUCACUCCGUCAACAAACAGACGUUGAAGUAUAUAUAGCAUAUCUUCUAAAGUAUUUAGUUUCGCGGCUCACGAACUAUAAAAAUUUAAAUUGUUUUAAAUAAAAACAUUUUUUAUGAUACCGAUCUCUUCGUAUGUUUAUCGAACAGUAUUAAAAUUUAUAAUAUAUACAAAAUAAUCAAACAUUUCACUCCAUGAACUACUUAAAUCUUGAUCAUAUUUUUUUUUAUUUAAUACAAAACACAAUUUUGUAUUUUUACUAUUUAAAUUGUUUACAAAAGAAAUAUAUAAAUAAAAUUACCCAAUAAUUUUACUAACCGUACUAUAUAAAGAAAAACAAAUUAUGGGUAAAAAAAAUAAACUUAAUAAAUAUAAUUAUUGUUAUGGUCUAAUUAAUUUGUGUUCUUAUUAUAUUAACUGGUAAAACAACAGUAUUAAUUUUUUUUUUAUUAAAAGGUUACACUUUAAAUUUUAAAGGGUAAAAGUUUUGAAAAGUUCAACCUUGUGAUUAUUACAUUCCUGUUUGAUUCUCUUAGUUCAUACAUUCGAUUAAUAAAAUCUAUCUAUUUUUACGUAAUAUAUAACAAAAUAUAUUCAAUAUUAGGAUACGUAAUACAAAUGCACUUAAUUUCAAUUGAAUUUAUCAAUGUAAUUUUAAUUUUCCUAUUAAAAUGUCUGAAAAAUAAUUGAAUGUUACGACAUUCAACGAACUAAUGUUACUUCAUUAAUUUUGUUUCUGUACGAAAAUUCAAAUCCUCGCAAUAUACUUAUACUAGUAUAAAUAACAGCAUUUACACACAGCGUCAUACUUUUAAAUUAUAUACACUAUUUAUAUUAUAUAUUUUGUUAACUUUCUUCCUUCUAUUACUUCAACUAUUUAUUUUUAUAUAAAGUUAUCUUGCCCAGUUUUAGAUUAAAUAACAAAGUUUUAUAAAGAUGCAUUAAAGUAAAUUAGUUUUUAAUAAAUAUUUUGUUUCUGGUCUAAAUUUAAUUUAAAUUUAUUAUACGUUUGUAAAAAAUAACAUAAAAUAAUUAUCCAGUUAUAUUUCACUCGAUACCCCUGUGCCUUCUAGCAUUUUAAAUAUAUAUUUUUGAUAGUUAGAUUAAACAAGAAUUUAGUAUGAAUCUCGUUACUAAUGGAGCAAUAUAUGCUAGCAAUAAUAAAAUAAGAUUAACAUAAAUAUACAAUGUUUAAACUAUAAGUAUUAUUUAUAAUAUUACAUGUUAUAUUUAAAAUAAAGCUUCGUGUAAUAAAAUAUUAUGUCACGCUCAAAAUUAUUUUAAUAAUAACGCACUUAUAUAUUUUUUUUUUAAUUUUAUCUGCUAAUCAUUUUAAACGACGUGUAUUGCAGAUUAA